AUGGCUUCGAUUACUUCUUCGGCUUCAUGCACGCAACCUCCCCUUUCUCUCCUCGUGGAGAAGCCCUGCCAACUGAACACUUUCCAAACCGAACAAGUAGAAAAUCUUGAGAGCUCUGGAUUCUCUUCUCCAGGCAGUGAUGGAAAGCCCUUCACUCCUAGAACUCGACAGAGGCUGAAGGACUACCUCUGCAAUUCCAACUCGGUUGCUGUAUCUUCAGUUGACGAACAUACUCCUCCUAUUGAUCCUCCUAAGCCCAUUCUCAAAUGGGAUCUGGUGUCAGGGGCCAAACACCCAGUGAAGAUUAUUCCUAGACAAUACAAGCAGGUCAGGUAUGCUACUCCGGAUGGCUAUGCCAGGCCGGCUGCCAUCAAAGUCGACGACGACUUGAUGCUCCCACCCAACACCCUCCCUCAUGCUAUGCGACAAACUUGGGCCCGCUACCCUCCCCCUGCAAAUGAGGAUUUUUCCGUGGAUGAAGAGUUUAGCUUCACUCCGAAGUUCUUAGCCAACGAAAUUGAUCCUGAGGGUCCCCUCGAACGAUUCAAACAACGCAAUAAAGCCAACUUCGUGCAACCUCUUUGUCUUCAGGGCACCAUCCGCAAUGAGUACGCCGCUCAUCUUGCCGAUAAACAACAUGACCAUGACGAGCUUAUGGAGAGGGUCGUCAUAGCCCGUCGUGCGAAGGCCGAGAAUGACGCUAUCAAGUUGUACAGCUUCAACAGAGCCAACGAACCUAUCAAGUUUCCCGUACUUGGCCCCAAAGCCCAGAAGAAAAUCUACGACGAAAAGGUCAACAUGUCUGCCUUGACGCGCAAGAUUGCAAUCUGCGAUGGCAACAUUGAGGGUAUGAUUGCUGGCGAGUUUACUUACAAUAAGGACACUGCUCACCUCCCACCCACUGAAGAGCAAGUGGCUAUCUUGCGAGAAGCCGGGGGUCUUGGUUCCUUCUUCCCAAAAGCUCCUCUCAAGCCUUCGAUCUAUGACCAGUGGCUGGAGGGCCAGUCUGCCAACCCAUGCCCUGCCUCCAACUGGCUGAAUGAUGAAGAGAAAUUCGCCAAGAAAAAGGCCUUCGAAUCGGCUCUUUCUGGGCAACUCAAGUCCCGCUUCCCUUCGAAGCCAAUCGAUAAUAAGAUGCCGACCAAGUUGCACAGAUCAGACGAACCUAUCUAUAAGGAUAACAAUUUCCCUUACAUGCUGCCCAAGACCUCUACGGCUCCUGAGCACAACUACAUAUACGAAACCCCUGUCGCGGUUCAGGUCCCCAAGUGGCUUUCUGAAUUCGUUGACUCUGACAUCGUUUCCAUCGACAAGAGCGCCAGCGACGAGAAGCAGUACAAGGAACUUCUCACUACCAUCUGGAAGCUCGAGUCACAUAUGCUCAAAGAGACCAAGCCCAACAAACAAGCGGCGGCUAGUGGAAAUGCCGCUUGGAUUCUGGAAAGCCCAUCAAGCAAGAGUUUUGCGGAGACGAAGCCAAACCAGAACCUCCCGGAGACAGAUGUUAUCAUCGGAGAAUUUAGCUUCGACGACGCAUUCACGUUCGGUCAGGAUAUCGGAGCUGAGAUCCCGGACAAGAGCUCUGCUCUUCUCCUCAAGGAGAUCGCCGAGGGAGUGAAGAAGGCCAUCGCAAAGGUCGGCAUGUGA